AUGUCAACGACAACACCUAAUGGCGACGAUACAACAGCCACGAACAACAGUAACGACCAGAAAAUGAUCUCAGACGAAACUAAAGUAUCAAUACCCCCCGCCGAUACCCUCAAUGACGCCACCGUCGUCCGAACGGUCUCCUCAGAGAAGGUCGACCCUGGCCCUGAUGGCCAAACUGGAGUUGGAAAGACCGCAAAACAGAAAAGGACUGGAAUGAUUCAGUUCCUUACCCUUUGCUGGUGCUUGUUCAUCCUCGGAUGGAACGACGGAACUUUGGGCCCGCUCUUGCCCAGGAUUCGUGAAGUAUAUAACGUUGGAUUUACAGUUGUUUCCCUCACAUUCGUUUCGUCAUGUGCGGGAUUCAUCCUAGGCGCUUUUCUAAACAUGUACAUAGGGCCUAAAUUGGGUCUAGGGAAGGUAAUGGCAAUAGGCGCGUUCCUUCAAGUGAUCACCUACUCCGUUCAAGCCCCUGCACCUCCCUUCCCCGCAUUUGUGGUGGUGAACGCCCUAAACGGCAUGGGUCUCGCUCUGCAAGAUGCUCAAGCCAACGGCUUCGUGGGAGCCCUGACAGAGAACGCUGAAGCCAAGAUGGGUGUGCUGCACGCUGCCUAUGGCAAGUGUCUAGUGUCGCCCUCCUCGCUUUCCAACGCUAAUGUGCAUUGUGCAGGUUUGGGUGCAUUCGCCUCUCCCCUCGUCUCCACUCAAUUCGCCCAGCAUGAACGGUGGUCAUUCCACUACCUCACCUCACUUGGCCUUGCUCUUUCCAACACCAUUCUCGUCACCCUCGUUUUCCGUCUCAAGAGGCAGGACGACGUGAUGCGGGAAGCAGGCGAAUUCGUUGAGAAACGCGAUAAGAGCGAAGAGAAGGAAACCAACAUCAAAGAGAUUCUGUCGAACAAGGCUGUUCAUUUCCUGGCCUUGUUCAUCCUCAUCUACGUUGGUGUGGAGGUCACGAUUGGAGGAUGGAUCGUCACUUAUAUCAUUGAAGAGAGAGGUGGUGGACCCUCCGCGGGGUAUAUCUCCUCUGGAUUCUUUGGAGGUCUAACUCUUGGACGAGUGAUCCUUCUAUGGGUUAAUGAGAAGGUCGGUGAACGCCUCGUCCUCUACAUCUACGGCAUCAUCUCCCUAGGGCUCGAAUUCGUCGUCUGGUUCGUCCCCUCGCUCAUCGGCGGCGCCGUCGCCGUCUCCUUCAUCGGUCUCCUCAUGGGACCCAUGUACCCCCUCGCAAUGAACCACGCCUCCCGCGUCCUCCCACGACGCAUCCUGACCAGCUCCAUCGGCUGGAUCGCCGGAUUCGGCCAGGCUGGAAGUGCUUUGAUCCCCUUCAUGACCGGUGCAAUUUCCCAAAAGCAUGGGAUUAAGAGUUUGCAUCCUUUGCUGAUAGCGAUGAUGGCGGUACUCGUCAUCUUGUGGUGGCUCAUUCCCAAUGCCCCUCAGCGGUCACCCGAAGCCAGUGCAACCCCUUCACCGCCUCCCGAACUUGCGGAGACCAAGACCACAGAAAAGUGA